AAACCGAGUUAAUUUCAUAGGGCAAUAGUUGUGGAAUGUCGAGUGCUGCUGUUACACUUAACUUGUAAUUUUGCUCUUAAAAUGGUUUCGGAAAAUCUACAUAAAAUUAUUGCCUGGAUCUUCGUACUAAUAAUAGAGAUAUUCAUAUAUCCAAUACUCAUUGUAGUAUCCUGGAUCGUUGUACAUAUUGACAAUAACCGUCACAAAGAGGAAAAAUCUAUCAAAGGUGAUGUGGCCGUUGUUACCGGUUCAGCAGGUGGUCUUGGCAAAUGUAUCGCUGAUGAAUUGGCCGCUAAGGGCUGCCAUGUCGCUAUAUGUGAUAUCAAUUACGAUUUGGCCGUGACAACAGCUAAAGAAAUCGCCGAUAAAUAUGGCGUCAAGACAAAAGCCUAUAAGGUGGAUGUCAGCAAUUACGAUGAGAUUGUGGAGCUCAAUGAAAAGGUUACCAGCGAUAUUGGCACCACCACAAUACUCGUGAACAAUGCAGGCUUGCUGUUGCAUUCAAAUCAGCUGAAUCCGACAGUGCAAGAAAUUAAAAGAAUGAUAAAUGUGAAUUAUAUGUCACAUUUCUGGACAAAUCGUGUAUUUCUGGAGAAUAUGAAACGUGCCAAGAAGGGACACAUUGUGGCCAUAUGCUCGGUGGCCGGCAUUGAAAUACUACCACAAAGUGAGCCAUAUUGCAGUACUAAAAUCGCCAUACGCACCCUAAUGCGUGUCUUACGCGCCGAGCUGAAGUUUAAUGGUUUUCAAGAUAUUCGUCUCAUGACCGUUUACCCUUAUUUUAUGAAAACAAAUCCUGGAAUUAAAUCGAUGUCUGAGACGGGUGAAUAUCCCAAUCUCUAUCCAAUACUGGGAGGCGAAGAAGUGGCGAAAAAAACUGUAGCGAGUAUGUUGCGUGGUGAAGUGGAAAUUGCCAUACCGGGAUUCCUUUUACUCACAUAUCGCAUGCAAACCCUCUUGCCACAACGAUUUCAAGACUGGAUGCUAACUAAGAUUAUGUCUGCUGUUACUAAAGAGAAGAAUUAAAUAAUUAGACAUUAAAAAGAACAACAAAUAAAAAAGUGCUAAGUUCGCGUGUAGUCAGUCGCACAUUACACGACCAAAUUGUGGGAAAUAUUUUUAGGUGUUAGCCAAACUUUCGUAAAGGUCUUAGCUUCUUUACUACAAUUUGUUUUAUAUCCCAAAUAUUCAAAAUAAAAUCAACCUGAACAACACAAAUUAUAAUACUCCUCAUAGUAGGGCUGCCGUUAUCAAUAAUUUUUACUAACAAAUAUUCUCACAAUAUUCUUGUUCACUUAAAUUGUCAUAUUUACUUUAGUAAUGUAAACCAAAUCAUUAACCAGAUGUUAACCAGACCCACGAAAAUAAUUUUAUAAUAUUAAGUUAGAACAUUGUGGAUCAUAUUGGCUAUAUGUAGGGUAGAUCAUUCAAAUAUCAUAAUAGUUUCAUUCAAAUAUCACACAUAUGGACCGAUCUAAACGAUAUAUAUGAUAUUAAGUCAUUGGAGCGAGGGAAAGAUAUACAAAAAUUUGAUCACAGAUGUUUCUCUCUUAUUUUGAACUAGCCCAAAAAUUAGUUAUAUAUCUAUACUACUAUUAUAAAGAGGAAAGAUUUGUAUGUAUGUUUGUAUUGAAUAAACUCGAAAACUACUGUGCCGA